AUGUUACGCCCGCCGACAAACCUCCGCACGCUGCGGCUACGGGGGCGGGGGGCGGAGAGUCCGGGAGACGAUUGGUAUCUCCUCUUGGGCCUGGCGAUUGCCGGCGGAGUGCAGGGCCGUGCUCUGGGCACCCGCACGAGCAGCGCCAGCAGCUCCAGCUCGGUGGUGGCCUCGGCCGAGUCGCCCACGAUCUACAUCGACACGUACGAGAGCACGAUCCAGGGCAACCGGUCGCAGUACAUCAACUCGGUGUACAACUUCAAGGCGAUCCCGUUUGCGGCGGCGCCGACGGGCGAGUACCGCUGGCGGCACCCGCCGCACGUCGCCAGCUGGACGGGGGUGCGCGAUGCGACCGAAUUCGCGCCCGACUGCCCGCAGCCGGGGGUGAGCAACUACAGCGAGGACUGCCUGUACCUCAACAUCUGGACGCCCGACACGGCGACGCUGAACGACGUCGAGAAGAACACCGAGGGCCGCGGCAUCGGCGUCGUGCCCACCAACACCAGCAGCAACCUGCCCGUGUACGUCUGGUUCUACGGGGGCCGCUUCGGCUCGGGGUCCGCCAGCCAGGCCCUGUACGACGGGGCCGGCCUGGCCGCCCAGGGGGUGGUCGUGGUGACGGUCAACUACCGCCUGGGGGCCCUGGGCUUCCUGGCGCACCCGGAGCUCAGCGCCAACUCGUCCAGCGGCACGUCGGGCAACUAUGGCCUGGUCGACCAGCAGGCCGCCCUGCACUGGACCAACGAGAACAUCGCCUCCUUUGGCGGCGAUCCCAGCCGCAUCACCAUCGGCGGGCAGUCCGCGGGGGCUGCCUCGGUGCUCGACCACCUCAACAGCGCCCUGGCGGACGAUCUCUUUGAACAGGUCAUUGCCGAGAGCGGUGCCACCUAUCCCUCCAACCCGCUGAUGGGCAGUGUCGCCGAGGGGUACCGCCAUCUGGCCGAGGCGGAGGAGCAGGGAGUCAGCUACCUGACCAGCCUGAACCUCAGCAACAUCACCGAGGCCCGCGAGGCCCCCGUCGAGCUGUUCCUGGCGGGCGCCUGGCUGGACGACGACGUGACGUACCAGGACACCGUCUUCGCCAACAACUCGGUCUACAUGGCCCCCCCGCUGUUCCGCCCCGUGCUGGAUGGGUAUGUCCUGCCGGCGACGUACCAGGAGAUGCUGGAGCGAGGCAACCACACCAUCGCCCCCGUGCUGACGGGCGGCAACCGGGACGAGAACGGGGCGACGCCCAACCCGGGCCUGUCGGUGGCCAGCUAUACAGCCCAGAACGCCUACGAGUUUGGCAGCGUCGGGCUGGCGGACGAGUUCUUCGCCCUGUACCCGGCGGGCGACAGCAACCGCAGCGCCGACGUGGCCAGCAACACCUUCUACCAGGACCAGACACGAGUCUCCGUCUGGCGCUGGGCGAACGAGUACGUCGCGGGCUCCUCGUACAACACCUCCGGUAACGGCACGUACCAGGCCUACACCUACUACUGGACGCAUGCCCCCCCGGGACAGGAUGAGGGGGCCUACCACAUGAGCGAGAUCAACUACGCCUUCAACAACCUGUAUGCCACCGACAAGCCCUGGACCGAGGCCGACUAUGCCAUUGCCGACACCCUGUCCAGCUACUGGGUCAAUUUCAUCCGCACGGGCAAUCCCAACGGCGGCGGGCUGCCCUACUGGCCUGCCAACUGUGCCGAGAACCCGGUCAUGAUGGAGGUGGGCGAUGCCUGGGAGCCUAUUGAGGUGGCCAGCAAGGAGAAGCUGCAGUUUAUGGACCGCUGGUUCUCCAACUGGCCGGUCUAUUGA